CAGGAUUUCCUUGCAAAUUUAGCAUUGCGGCCUCUGUUGAAGGGCACCUGUCUCGUUCUUGUUGCACAGGGGUCGUGUAUUAAAAGGACCAUUAACCAUCCAUCAUGGGAGGACAUGACGCCGGAACCCAGCACCAGUUUACUGGGAUUGCCAAGUACUUCAAUUCAUACACAAUCACAGGAAGGAGGAAUUGUGUUUUGGCCACAUAUGCCAGCCUAGUAGCCAUUGCCCUUUUCUUCAAAUUGAAGCCCAAGAAACAGGCCGCCGUCACAGAAAAGUGAUAAUGUGUCCAUCCAGACCACCAUUCUAGCAGCUGGGCGAGGAGAGAGCAGCUGGACAUGCUUGUAAUAAAAUAUUACUUUUUGGUUUCUCUGUGUUAACAAUAAAGAACAUUUAUGCCCAACAUA